AUGCUUACAACUCGCUUGCAUGUCCGUCCGGAGGAGGAGUUGUCUUGGAGCCUCGCAGUCGAGACGGAGCUGACUGUCCGCGAGCUGGAGCAGGUCAUCCAAAGGUCCGCAGGAUUCUUCCGAUAUCAUGUUGGAGGCCGCUCCCACUCGGUCGAACCGCGCAAGACUGUCACGGCAGGGUAUCUUUGCCGCUCGUGGUGCGAGCUGAGGGUGACCUACCGUGCCUCUGGUGACUCCUACAUCGACUGGAGUUCCGUUUCAGAGACCCCAACAAUCGGAUGGAUUUCCGAUCUGGAAGGCCCAGGGUCUGGCAGUGACGGUGGGUCCACCGUGAUCGCGCAGUGUGCCAGUUGCAGGCUUGUGAUCAAAGCUCCGUGGAAGCGUCAGAGGAAUCGUCAAGUCGUGGAGCUUCUGUGUACCAGAGACCGUGACUGCACCACGAAGACGCUUUCAAUCUCCACUCCUUGGACUCGCUUCGUGUUGUUCUGCUCGAAUCACGGUCACGAUCAGGGUCUUCCCCCCAACGUGUGGAGAGUCGCCAAGUUGUGGCGCAUCCACCAGGAAGCGGGGAAAGUGAACAUGUCACUGAGAGCAAUGGGCUUAUUCAUCCUCGGCGAGAUCAAGAAGUGCGCGGAAGUGGUCUACAAGGACAAGCAAACGAAAGCCCAGACCAACCACUGCUUGAACGAGAUGGGUCAGUGGGACUAUCUAUACCGGGACCCUUCGGAGAAGAAGCACAAGCGCAACUCCGAUAUCCCAACCAUCGGCCGCGAGAAGGUGAUGGAGAUGCUGACACUCCUGGGCCUGGAAGAACUCCUCCCAUCGCCGAAUGUGGUCCACCGGCUCCAUUCUCUUCGCCCGUUGACGGAGUGCUCCGAAACCAUGGAGAAAGGUUUGCGAGCAUCCGAGGCCCAAGAAGCGUACACCAUCCUCCGCCAGCUCAGUCAGCUGGCGAUCACCCAGCCAGCAUCUCUCAAUCUGAGACCGGACAAGCUUCAGAGAUCGGCCCUGGCCAAUCAUAUCCAGCAGCAGAUCGCCAAGCUCUCCU